AUGGAGUUUGGCGUGACCCCGAAGCGCCACAACCCCGUCGACAGCAUCUGCCGCAAGCUACAGACGAUCCAGCGACGUGACCGUGAGCCUAACUCUCCUUUCCAGAUCCCCAAACUGCAGUCGAGCAGCUACGACAGCCCGCACACGGGCCUGCGACGCAACCUCGACACCAUCCUGAAGAAGCGCAAGGGUGAGGCCGAGCAGAAUGGCUCGCCGCUCGUGCUCACUCCUGGUGCAUGCCGUGAUUUGGGAAGGACUCCCGUGACGCCCCUCAGCCCCGUUAAUGCCACUUACACCAUCACCGGCACUUUGGGCACGCUGUCGGACAAGGGGAACGUGGCACCCAUGCCCAGCCGAGCCUGGCAGCUUAGCUGCUCCACACCUGCUUUCCAGAACGGUGACGCUCGCUUCAGCUUCACACCAGCUCUCCAAAACGGUGACGCUCGCUUUAGCUUCACACCAGCUCUCCAGAAUGCUGACUCUCGCUUCAGCUUUACCCCGAGCGACAAGGAGAGGAGCAAAGCAUCAGCACAUGGCCUGCUUUCCUACAACCUCAACUUCUGCUCAUCAGAUGCCUCCACAGUGUUGGACUGCGACCUGCCUUAUCCAGCCCUGGUGGUUAAAAGACUCUCGAUGGGAGACGGUGCUUCAUUGCCAUCUGAAUCCAAGAAAGAGAGCUUGGCUGAGGUCAGUCUGAUCUGUGAAGAGGAUUUGCUUGACACCAUUUUUCAGGCCUGUGAUACCCAGUGCAGAGGUAAAGUGUAUGUGUCUCAUAUUGUGGACUACCUGAGACACACGACGAGUCGCAGCUCUGAGGACAGCGGCCUGGAGGAGCUGUGUAACAUGCUGGACCCUGAACGCAAGGACAUCUCCAUCGACCUGGACACCUACCACGCCAUAAUGAAGGAGUGGAUCGAGGACUGCCGUAAUCAGGUGAAGGAUGAUAAAGAUGUAACUCAGGAAUCGGUCAAAUUGGCAGAUCAUUUUUCAGCCAGGAAAUCAUUUCUGCUGAAUAUGACCUCGGGCAGCCUGGAGGCUUUCGGAGGAGAACCUUCGAGAGCUGAGCUUGAGACGUCGGAUUUGGUGUUUUGUGUGGCCGACUUGCAGUUCAACAACCAGAAACUUCAGGAGGAGGUCCGGAAACUGAAGCAGGCCACCGAGGCGAUGGAGGAGACCAACCAGAAACUCCUGGAGGAAAACGAAGAGCUGAAGAAUCAGGCUAAAAUGGGGCAGCAGUUGCUACAGAAGGAGCGCAUGCUGAAAGAGGAGGUGGAGGAGAUGAAGCUGACUUUAAGCUCUUCUGAAGAGAAUCGAGCCCGAGUCUCAGCUCAGAGCAAACAGAUGGAGCGAGAGAACCUGUCUCUGAUAUCGAAGAUCUCCUCUCUGCAGGAUGAGAACAUGAAGAUGACUGCGGAGAUGGAUGAUCUUCAGAAGAAGAUGAAGACACUUUAUGAGCUUAACGCUGACCUGCAGGCCCAGACUCAUUCCUUUGACGCUGCCAUGACUGACAAGGACGCGUCAAUUCAGGAGAAAACCAGGCAGAUUGAGGAGCUGAAGGCUGCAGUUCUGGAGUACUCAUCAGUGACAGAAUUGCUGAGAGCGGAGAAGAUCAAGCUGGAGAGUCAGAUGCAGCUGCUGCAGCCUGAUGUGGCCAUCCCUGGUCUGUCUCUCUCAGUGGCGUACAGACUGAAUCAGACGACCUCAGGGUCUCUGGAGACGGAGCUGGCCCUGGCACAACAGAAUCCACCUGAGGGGACGGAGCAUUUAUCCUCCAUCUGCUUGGCGUCACCUCUGGACGAGACUCUGGACCGUGAGGUUCUCCUCCUCCUGCAGGGUCCUACACCUGAGCAGAUGUCCGUGGAGUUUAAAAUCCUAAUAAACAAACUGAGACAAGAAGUUGAAGAGGACACGCUGGAGAUUCUCGCAGCACUUCCAGGCUUUAUGAGGAGUCAGGGAGCACAGGACACCAACACCGACCCCGAAGUCCAGGGCCUGCGGCUUCAGCUGGAGCAGCGGCGGAAGGACUGGACUCACGGCCUCGAGCAGCUGAAGCAGUACACGGACUCGCUGGAGAAGGAGCUGCUGAAGAUGGCGAGCAACAUGCGGCGGGCACGCACCGAGAUCCUGCACCUGUCCGUCAGGUUGCAAGAACACGAAAAUCACAAACUGCUGUUAUGUGAUGAGCUGGAUCAGCUGAAGACUCGGCAGGACCGCAGAGACGCCAGCAGUCAGACCAACAUGCCAGAGAGUGUGGACGAUGAGGAGACCUCAUCCCCAGAGUGGGACAGGGUGUAUCCCUUACUCGACUCUCCUUCUGAGGAGGAAACGGUCGAUUUUGGGGUGCACACACCGGAAAUCGAUCAGGAACAACCCGAUCCUGCUGCUGGUGUUGCUGAUGAAGAGGAGUCGCAGGAAGACCCGAGAAAGCUCCAGAGCGUACAGGAGACAUGUCAAGGAGAAGACGAGAUGCGGGAACUGAAUCCACGACCCGGGACAACACAUGAUUCUGGGGUCGAGGCUGAGGAUCUCCGAAGCACCACCGUGUCCCAUGAGUAUGAGAGUGUGGUGGACACUGGAACUGGAACGUCCGAAACUGUGUUCGAUGAGAAACAACUCAAGCACCAGGAUGAACCUCAGCAGGAGGAAGCCAGAUUCCCAGCAUGCACCGGGCCUGACGACACCCACGAGCAGGCUGUGUGCAGCACUGCUUCUCUUUCACACUCCCACCCUCAGUGUGCUGAUGAAGCGAGUCCGAGUCUGUCUGAACCGUCUGCUCCGCCCACCUGUGACGUGGUUCGUCCCCCGGCCGAUGUCCCUGGAGGACCUUUCUUUUUUACUGACAGCUCUCCAGAGGAAGAACCAGGACCUGAAGGAGAACAGGACAUCCCGGAUAGCAUGAGCAGUUUGCAGAAGCUGACCCAGGAGCAGAUUUCUGACGUGCGUCCUACUGUACCGGAGAGGAGCGGUCUGUUGCCUGUAGCUGAGGAAGAGGAGCCGAUGUCUGAGGCGAGUCAGCAGGGGGCCCCGGCAGUUAAUUCCAAGGUGAAGAGCGGAGCGGCAGGAGCGAGUGCAGCGAAGGAAAACGGGCCGUCUGCUCUUCCUCAGAGUUUUAGGAACAGAAUAAAGAAAGAACUGGAGACGCCUAGCAGCAGUAUGGAGGCCAUCGGAGAGCAGAGAUCGCAGGAGGACAGUGAAACUGAAAAAAACGGUGGUGUUUCUGAAAAUGGUGAAUCAGUGAGGGAGGAUGGACUGACUCAAAAUGAGAAAGACCUCGAGGCCGAAUUCCUGCGCCUGUCUCUGAGUCAGCGCUGUGAUAUGUUCACACUGGAGAAGAGACUGCGUCUGGAGGAGCGCUCGAGAAACCUGGCUGAGGAGAAUGUCCGCAAAGAGGUGUCCAGCUGUCAGGGUUUGCUCCAGGCUCUGAUCCCUCUGUGUGGAGACGAUAACCCAUCUCUGGAAAUCAUCCAGCGGCUGCAGAAGAACCUGGAGAUCCUGCUCCAGUCCGUGACCCGAGUGGCCAGUCGCUCCGAAAUGCUCGGCUCCAUUCACCAGGAGUUUCGCAAUGGGAAAGCGAUAGAGGUGAUGAUUCAACACGUGGAGAACUUGAGGAGGACGUACACUAAAGAGCACGCAGAGCUGCUGGAACUCCGAGAGAACAACUCGCAGAAAGGCAGGUCCUUCAACGCCCACGUGGACCGGGAUGAUUUCAGGAAGAAAAAGGCCAGCUCUGAAUUCUAUAAGGUGGCAGCCCGUCGUGUUAGCAUAGCGGCCAUCGCGCGCAGCGCUGGAUCUCAAGCCCCCAGUGACCUGACUAAAGAUAUCCCGCAGGUGGAGAUGGACAAGCUGGGACGGAAGCAUCCCGGGAACAUGUUUGGAAAGAGCACACACCGGGCGCCUCUAAAACGUUUUAUUAGUUGCACUGAGACAGAAAGUGCUGCCCGUAGGAAUAGUAAUCCAAGUCCCACACCAAGCAAUAGUUCGAGUCCUACAACUGACCCGGCCUCGCCUUUCCCGGUGAAGGCACCCCCUGCUGAACUCCCCGAAGGACCUAAGGGAAUCUGCACCUGGGCGGCUUUGAUGGUGGUGCUAGCUGCGUUUGUCGCGGUGUUGGGCAAGAUGCUAAUACAACCGGCUGCAGACGCAGCCCCUGUGGGCACCGGUGACUCCUGGAUGGCCAUCCAGCAGAUUCUGUGGCCCUACACAGGGCUCCGGCACAACGGCCAGCCCCCUGUUUAACAGUGUGAUGCCCCCUUGUGGACAAGAAGCUAGCAGCGACAAUCAGAGAGACCGUUAGGCACUUUUUACAAACAGCAAAACAUCUGCAUGGGGGAAACGGUACGACCAAGUACACUCUUUUAUUGUACAAAAAUGGGUUUCCGUUAUGUUUUUUACCUGAUCAGGAAAUGGAACUAUACCUCUGGCUUCCUGUGCUGAAUCUCUGGACACAGAUUGAAGCGUCUACCUUUUUUUUUUUUUUUUUUUUUUUUUAAGUGUUUUAUGUUCUGGUGAUCUCGAUGUUUUUACUGAAGGAGUAACGGACUGCCAUUUUUUUUAUUUAAAAAAAAGGUCAUGCUGUUUGAAAUUAUUUAUCAUUUUUGCAGAUUAUUGCUUUAGCUUGAGUGUGGGGUGUAAAUAAUAUUUAAGCAAUUAAGUUUUUAUUCAUUUUCAGUUUUAAAAUUUCAAACACGAUUUUUUUUUAUUAUUAUUAUAGUAUCAACUUCUUGCUUUGGUGUGCACUGUUAUGAAGUCAUCCACUUUUAUACGUUUCUCACAAUGACACAAUAAAGUUACUAAUCCAACUGUAAUCACAACUCGAUAAAGAUAUUAAAUAUACAGAGGA